AUGAUCGAUAAUAAGGAUAAAUCACAUAUUCAAUUAUUUUAUGAUAUAACAAAAGUGAAGACUAGUUCAGAUUUAAAAGAUUGUAAACCAUCUUACUGCAGAGAAGUUCUUCGACCACAUCCAAAAUAUAAGUUAUAUUGGUACAAUUCAGCUUUAAAAUCAGUGCAACAGUCAACUAAUAAUAAUAAUUCUGAAAAGUAUGAUUAUGAACAAGAAAAUUCAUCAGUACCAACAACAAUUUGGUCAAUCGAUCAAUUGGAUAAAUUAAAGCAUUCAAAAAUAUUUCGUAAAGUUAAACGACCAAAAUCAUUCGUCAUAACUGGAUAUUCAGCAGACGUCGAGGUACCAUUCGAUAAUACAUGCAUACAACAAUAUAUAUGGUUGAAAAGUACGAAUGGAUCGAAAUGGGUUUUAUUUGCAAAGAAUAACCCAAAAAUUGCUUUAGUGGAAUUUCGUAAAACUGCAUGUGGAAAUGAAUUUGAUGUGGCGUUUAUGGUUAAGCCGCCAAAUGGUUGGGAUCCUAAAUUUGCUUUUGAUCGAUUCAAUAAAUGCUCAUUCCCAUACGACGAAACACCAAGGGAUUCCAAUCUAAUUUAUAAUGCAAUUAAUAUUGGUAAUAUAGCUAAAAGUAUGAAUAAUAUGAAAAAUGGCGAUGGGUAUUUUUAUGAAAAUUAUGAUAAUAGUGAUGUUAAUGGCGAUGGAGAUGAUAAAAAUGAUGACGAUGGAUCAAAAUAUUGGUUGGAAUUUGUGUUAGCUUCAACUGUUACUAUACAAGACGAAGUUAAUUCCAACAAAAAGAAAUUGUGGAUGAAUACUAAAUAA